GGAAGAACGUCAGCACAGUGUGAUAAAUACAAUGCACUCACACUUCCCCUAUAGUCCUGGGUCCAGACAGUCACUGCAAACUUAACCAGCAUAUCUUGUAUCUGAGAAGAAUUCAGAGGAAAAUGACAUCAAAUUACCCAACUUUCAACAAUUAUUACAAUGACAGUGACUAUAAUUAUGACUUGAAUGACUUUUUUAACAGCUCCUCUCCAGAGUCAAUCUCAGCUGUUAGGUGGGCAGCUCUAAUCAUUUAUGUUGUUGUAUUCAUUCUUGGUUUGCCUGGUAACGCUUUGGUGGUAUGGAUGACGGCUUAUGAGAUGAAAAGAACUGUCAACACGGUGUGGUUUUUAAAUUUAGCAAUUGCUGACCUUCUAUGUUGUCUAUCCGUGCCAUUUUCAAUCAUGGGUAUCAUUUUACGUAAUCAUUGGCCGUUGGGUCUCUUUGCCUGCAAGUUUAUACCUUCACUCCUCUUGAUCAACAUGUACGCAAGUGUUCUUAUCCUCAUGGUCAUCAGCAUGGAUCGUUGUGCCUUGGUUAUCAAACCUGUUUGGUGUCAGAAUCAUAGAUCAGUGAAAAAGGCCUCUUUGGCGUGCCUGGUGGUAUGGGUGCUAUCUCUUUUCUUGACCAGCCCUUCCUUCAUCUUCAGGAAGACAAUCAUAAAAUCACGAGACCAUAUAACUUGCUCCAUGGAUUUCUCACUCACUGGAGAAGACCAAGUAAAGGUGGAAACAUUCAUUGCAGUUUUCCGUUUCUUGAUGGGCUUUCUCAUUCCAUUUUUGCUCAUCACCAUCUGCUAUGUUGUGUUGGUAACAAGGGUCAAUGAACGAUUUGCUCAGUCGGGGAAAACAAUGAAAGUUGUGAUUACUGUGAUUACUGGGUUUUUUGUGUGUUGGUUUCCAUACCAUGUGGCUGGUCUCAUCCUUGUGUCACAUCCCAACUCCGACCUUUACAAAUCAACAUUAAAAGUGGAUUCACUUCUGAUCAGCAUAGCUUUCAUUAAUAGUUGUAUGAACCCAAUUAUUUAUGUUCUGAUGGGACAGGACUUCAAGUCUAAAUUCAAGAAGUCUGUUAAAUCGAUUUUGAGACAGGUUUUGGCGGAUGAACAAAGUGGGUCCUAUGAUACCAAAAAGAGCAAAUCAAGUACAGAAACAAAGAACACUGACACACAAGUAUAGGUUACUGUAGACAUGGGUCAACUAAAAUAUUCCACAGUCUAUUAUGAAAUAUAAUAUCGGUUUCUGUAUGAAGGUUCCCCAGUGUAAUACAAAUGUUUAGUCUCUGUGUUGCAGAAAGCAAGAGGUAGAUGAGGUGUCCUUUGUCAAAAAGCACUUGGAAAUCAGACACUAAAGUGUACAACAAAGGCACAAGAAACCCUACAAUUUAAUAUAUGGUGGACGCUGCAUUUUACACUGAAGGGGACAUCAAACAAUGUGGGGGAGAUCAGAUCCUGUAUUGUACAACGUGGGGGAGAUCAUGUGGGGAGAUUAGACUCUGUAUCGUACAGUGUGGGGUGAACAGACCCUGUAUUGUAAUGUAUAAGGUAGAUCAGACCCUGUAUUGUACAAUGUGGCGGAGAUCAGAUGCUAGAUUGUACAAUGUCUGGGAGUUCAGACUCUGUAUUGUACAGUGCGGGAUCAUUGGGAUGAUCAGACUCUGUAUUGUACAAUGUGGGGGAGCUUGUCAUUUGUAAUCUAGCCCAAUAUUGCUUAAACUUUUAUGAUUGAGAUAGAGCAUGCAAUUAUAAACAACUUUCCAUUUUAGUUUUAUCAUCAAAUUUGCUUUCUUCUCUUGGUAUUCUUUGUUGAAAGCUAAACCUAGGUAGGCUCAUAUGCUAAUUUCUAAGCCCUUGAAGGCCGCCUCUUAUCUGAAUGCAUUUGACAGUUUUUCACAGCUAGAGGGUGUGAUCAGUUCAUGUGUGUCAUGUUAGAUAACAUUGUGCUCACUCCUGUGGAGUUAUUUAUGAGCCUGCACUGAGUGGCUAAAAUGCAAGUCUGUCAAAAGAACUGAGUUAUGGGGGCAGUCUGCAGAGACUUAGAUACUAGGGGGCCGAUUUAACAAGCCCCGAAUGCAGCAGAAUGCAUCUCCUUAAAGGGACACUGAACCCAAUUUUUUUUCUUUUGUGAUUCAGAUAGAGCAGCAAUUUUAAGCAACUUUCUAAUGUACUCCUAUUAUCAAUUUUUCUUCGUUCUCUUGCUAUCAUUAUUUGAAAAAGAAGGCAUCUAAGCUAUUUUUUUUGUUCAGAACCAUGGACAGCACUUGUUUAUUGGUAGGUGAAUUUAUCCACCAAUCAACAAGAACAACCCAGGUUGUUCACCAAAAAUGGGCCGGCAUCUAAACUUACAUUCUUGCAUUUCAAAUAAAGAUACCAAGAGAAUGAAGAAAAUUUGAUAAUAGGAGUAAAUUAGAAAGUUGCUUAAAAUUGCAUGCUCUAUCUGAAUCAUGAAAGAAAAAAUUUGGGUUCAGUGUCCAUUUAACUCGGCUGCCACCUCUGAGGCAGCGGACAGCAAUCUGCCCGAACGCAUACGAUCGGGUUGAUUGACACCCCCUGCUAGCGGUCAAUUGGCCGCGAAUGUGCAGGGGGCGGCAUUGCACAAGCAUUUCUAUUGAAAUGCUUGUGCAAUGAUAAAUGCAGACAGCGUAUGCUGUCGGCAUUUAUUGAUGUACAGCAGAUCAUGUCCGCCCGCACAUUGAUAAUUCGACCCCAAAGUAGUUACAGAGGUAAAAAGUAUAUUAAUAUAACAGUGUUGGUUCUGCAAAACUGGGGAAUGGGUAAUAAAGGGAUUGUCUAUCUUUUUAAACAAUAACAAUUCUGGAGUAGACUGUCCCUUUAAGCAACAUUUUUUAACAGUUGUUUUGAAAUAGUAUUUUUUUAACAUUGUUGCUCAUGUGUUUUUCUGUUGUAAUAAAAAAAUAUAUAAAAUAUACAGGAAAA